AUGCUCCUAUCGUCUUCCUGGCUGCUACUGGCUCUGGCCUAUGUUGCCUUCUACUUUCUUGUACAAGUGAUCUACCGUCUCUUCUUCCACCAGUGGAGCAGAUACCCAGGUCCUAAUUUGACUGCAGCCACCUUCCUCUACGAGUUCUACAACGAUGUGAUCAAGGUGGGCCAGUUCCUCUUCCAAAUCGAAAAGAUGCAUGAGAGAUACGGUAAUGUUGAUUGUGUACUGUCAGCCACCUUGUCUCUCACAUCAGCCAGGCCCAAUCCCCACAAACGCGACAGAGGUCCCCAAUGGCUUCAUAUAACUUCUCCCCCCUUGUCUACCAUCUCCACAGUCAGCCAUGGCCAUCACCGGUUCCACCGAAGCAUCACGGCCCUCUCUCCAGUGAUCGAAGAGAGAGUCCUGAAGCUAAUGCAACGCUUCCAACAAGCGUACGGCACCAAGUCAGCCAUACCGGUAGCUGCUGCCUUUUCAGCCCUCGGUGCCGAUGUGAUCACGCACUAUGCAUACGGUAAAAGCUGGGGCUUCCUCGAGGACCCGCAGUACCGCAAUGAUAUCCGGAAAGCAACAAACGAGACCGCGAAUUUCGUGCAUUGGCUUCGCUUCUUCCCGUUCCUGGUGCCGGUCAUUCGUACGAAUCCGACGCAGAUAAUGUGUUUCAUUCAUCCGGGUAAAAACCGCCUUUCGCAGUCCAAGCAUGACGAGAGCGCCGGAACGAUCUUCAGCAGACAGACAACAGACCCCUCCCUUCCGCCGGAAGAACGGAGCCUCGCCCGUGUUAAGGAUGAGGCCUUGAUCCUCCUUGGGGCGGGCAUAGAGACCACUGCACGGAUCUUGACCAUUGCCACUGUUCUGCCUGCGCUGAGCAGCACAGCGACGUGGGCCGAGCUGGAAAAACUGCCGUAUCUGACCGCAGUGAUCAAUGACUCCCUUCGUCUCUCAUUCGGGACUACCAUUCGGCUUCCGAGGAUUGCUCCAACAGAGGCUCUGAAGUACAAGGACUAUACGAUCCCCCCGGUGACACCCGUACGUAUGUCCACAUGGUCUGUUCAUCAAGAUCCAUGUCUGUUCCCGGACCCGCGCACCUUCCGGCCAGAGCGCUGGAUCGAAGCUUCAGACUAG